AUGGCUCUUACAAAUAAGGUUCGGGGAUAUUGGACACUAAUAUUGGCACAUGUUUUUUGUUGCUUUAUUUUAAUAGCUUCAGGCGUUCAAGCUAGCACCGAUGGUCUCAACCAAUAUCAAAACGAUCAAUUUGAAAGCCUACAUUCACAGCAGCAGCAGCAGCAUCAGCAGCAGCCUACGGAAAAAGAACGUAAUUUCAGAGUGGGCCAAAACAACCAGGUGUUUCUCAGUAGUAACAAGGAUGUUAAUGAAUUGCAGCUUACAAACCUAAUAAUUGUGUCUCAAGUAGAUGGCUCAUUAACCGGAAUCAAUCGCCAGACUGGUGAGAUCAUUUGGAAUUUGGAUUUGGGUCCAGUAAUACACUCAUCGUCAACAAAACUCAUGAGCAGUAACCUCAUCAAUAAUGACCGCUCCAACACCGGAUCAACAAAUAAUGAAGAUGACACAGAAAGUGGUGAAUAUGAUAACUAUGAAGAGUUUUGGGCCGUCGAACCUUAUGGGGAAGGCUCGUUAUAUUUUUUCACCAAAGAAUCCGGUCUUAAUAAGGUACCAUUCUCAGUUGGUGACUUGGUCAUGGCAUCACCUUUCUCAGUUGAUAACGAUGACAAAGUUUUCACCGGAACAAGGAAGAGCAGUAUGGUGUAUGCAAAUGUGAAAACUGGAGAACUAGUAGAUAAUAUCGCUCCUAGAUGUUGCCAGAAUUCUGGGUUAACUGCGGUAAUAUCAAAAUCAGCGAAAACUAAAGUCUCACAAACAGAAGGAGUUACUCCAGAACAACAACAAAAUGAAAAUGAUGACAAGGACUCCUUUAUUUGUCUUGAUGAAUGUGAUAAUUUCAUUGCCAUUGGUCGCACAGAUUAUGAGCUUCUAAUCACUUCGAAAUCAGACAAUCGCUUAUGGGAAAUUUCGUACUCACAUUAUGGAGAAAAUAACUUGUACAAGGACUUGAAACUUCAAAAUUUAAAUUCCCAUGACGUUGAUGGUUCAUUGGUUUUCCCAUUUCAAGAAAAGUCGCUACUCAGCAUUGAUGUUGAUCUGAGUAUUCCAAAAUGGGUGGCGAAAUUAAACUCCACCUGUAUAAAUGUCUUUGAUGUUUACACCGACAUAUCAAUAUCUUCAAAUGGCAAUGCUGAUCAUGAAGCAAGUCCCAAUAGCAAAUUUGUUCUAGUUUCUCAUCCGAUAAAGCCGCCCCAACAAAGCUCUAGAGAUUCCGGAUCUUCUCAAUACUUCGAUAAUGAUAAAGAACCCAUCGAUCAUGGAACCUAUUUGGGGUUGCUUAAUAGUUCUUCGUGGUUUGCUAUGUCGAGUCAAAAUUAUCCGUCGUUGGUAAAAUCCUCGUCAUUAGCAAAGUUUUAUAAUAAUCAAGAGACCAAUUCUUCUGAAAACGGUGAUAAAAAGGUGGCAAUGGAUACCUUUAUCAAAUCAGUUAUUGGAGUUCACAAUCGUCCGCAAAAUCCUAAUCGAUCAGUAUCCACCACUAUCGUCUACGAUAGCAAAGAUAAGAAGAAGCCAGGAAAUAAUGGGCCAGGUGGUGUGAAAUUCCCUUCCUUGGUACAAGGUGGGGGCAGGUCUCCAAAAUCAACCGGUAACAAAUUUCAUAAUAAUGGUUACAACUCUCUUCCAGAAUCAGAUAAUCGCUCCUGGAAAAGGGGAAUUCCUACCAUUGAUCCUCCUAAUUAUUCAGAAUCAUCGUCUGUUUCCAAGAGUUCUUCCGUUUUCAAACUUAUGGUCAGGCUAUUUGAAAAUUCAAUAUUCACUGCGGUAUUGUUAAUCUUGACUUAUUAUUCUUCCAGGGCGGGUUUAAUCCCUCCAUUAAUAACCAUCAUGUACAAUUUGGGUUUCAUGAAGCGUACUCAUAGAGCGGUAGAGUUUGCUGAAAGAAUUAUGGCUGAUACUGAAAUCAGUAUCAUGAAGGAUGACAAUAAUGCAAAGAAAAGUAAUCAUGAUGCGAUUAAUAAAGAUGAUGGGAAAUCGAAAACCCCCGAAAUUACUGAUAAAGUUAACCAUGAGAAUCUGACAAUUGGUGAGGCGGUUACUGAGACCUCCUCUAAAGAAUCAUAUGUCGAGUCUUCUAUGGAUGCAGGCGCCAAUGCGGUUGAUUUUGCUAAUCUGCUUGGAAAUAGUAUCAUCAAUGAAUCGGAUAUUUCUUUAUUCCUUGAUAAAAAAAAUCAGGAGAGAAAGACUAAAGGCAAUGAUUUGGAAGAAUCAUUGAGGCUUCAGUUGGGGAUUUCUUACGAUGUCGAUAUCGAUAUUCAAAUGAUUAAGGAGAAAUUAAUUCAAGAAAUCAAAGACGCUAGAAGUCAAAAUGAAGAGACUAAAUUGACCACUGUCUAUGAAGAUGAUAACGUAGAUUCUGUUGAAGCUCUUAAUAAUAUUGGUGAUGGAAAGAAAGUUGUGAGUCAAACAGUUUUCAGUAACGCGCAGCAAGAAGAUGAUGAGUCAGUGGGAAAUGAAGAUCAAAAUUAUGAAUCCCACGAUGAAUUGGUGAAUGACGAAAAGCCAUAUACUGCAAAGAAGGUGAUGAUUGAUAAAAAUUCUGCUCACCAUGAAUCUGCCACUGCUGAUAGCCCUAAUUUGGGAGAUCAGGCCAAUACAGCUAAUGCGAAUGGGAAACUGAUCAAGAAGCGUAAAAGAGGAAGUCGUGGAGGCAAAGGGAAAAAGAAAUCUAACCUCAAACAGCAACAACAACAACAACAACAACAGCAGCUACAAGAAGAUGUUUUGGAUAACCAAGAGUUACCUCCAUCUAACCUUGAUGAGGAAAUAAUCUAUGGUAAUGAUGUUGAGCUUGUGGUGACCCAAAAAAAUCGUAACGAACUUGGUAAAUCACGUCUUGUGAUUUCUGAUGAUAUUUUGGGUUAUGGAUCUCAUGGCACUGUGGUUUAUAAGGGUACGUUCGAGAAUCGUCCCGUAGCUGUCAAGAGAAUGCUAAUUGACUUCUAUGAUGUGGCGUCUCAUGAAGUGACGUUAUUACAAGAAAGUGAUGACCAUCCAAAUGUCAUUCGAUACUUUUGCUCCAGACAAAGUGACCGUUUUUUGUAUAUUGCUUUAGAAUUGUGCUCGGCUAACUUGGAAGAUUUGGUGGAAAAGAAGGGAAGUAGUUUGGAUUUGACUAAUGGGAAGCUCCGCGCUGAAUUACCUGGUGGUGUUACUGCCAGCUCCUCUGCGGUAAAAGACGUGUCGAUGGUUAUCCAAAACUUCAAGCACAGGAUUAUUGAUGAAGAGUUGCUAUUCAAGAAUUUCCAGGAUAUUUUGUACCAAAUGACCAGUGGGUUACAUCAUUUGCAUAAACUUCACAUUGUCCAUCGUGAUAUUAAACCACAAAACAUUCUUGUUACUCCUUCCAAGACCCGUGAUUUACGGGUGCUUAUAUCUGAUUUUGGUCUUUGUAAAAAAUUGGAACCUGACCAAUCGUCUUUCAGAGGCACUACCGCUCUGGGGACUUCUGGAUGGAGAGCUCCAGAAUUGUUGAUGUCUGAAAUGAAUAACUCUAAAAUUAGUAAGAUGGUGGAUGUCUUUAGUUUAGGUUUGGUAUUUUACUAUGUGUUAUCUGCUGGUCAACAUCCUUUCGGUGACAGGUAUAGUCGGGAGUCCAACAUUUUACAAAAUAAGUACGACUUGUCUGGUAUCAGAUUUACCAACGGUUAUAAACUGGUGGGGGCUGAAGCCAAAGAUUUGAUCUCUAAAAUGCUAGAAUCUAAUCCGAAGAAAAGAUUGACUGCGGAAGAGGUUUUAAAGCAUCCGUUUUUCUGGUCCAAUGACAAGAAGGUUGAGUUUUUAUUGAAGGUUUCUGAUAAGUUGAACAUUGUUGCGCGUGACGCGCCAUUAAUUCACGAAUUUGAAUCAGGUUCCGAGACCGUAUUCAAUGGAUCCAGUGAGUGGAAAUCUCAAUUUGAUGAAGCUUUCUUUGCAAACAUUAAUACUUUCAGAAAAUAUGACUCCACCAAAGUAAUGGAUUUAUUAAGAGUCAUCAGAAAUAAAUAUCAUCAUAUCAAUGAAAUCCCACCAGAGUUUGCUAUCACCGAAGAAAACUUCUUGCAGUACUUUGGCGGUAUGUUCCCUCAAUUGUUGAUCUACUGUUACUAUUUCAUUGAACUGAAUAUGAGAUCUGACUUCGAGAGUUUUUACAAUUGA